CCCCGGGCCCCGACCCCUCCCCCCGGACGCCCGCCUGGAGAGCGGGACCCGGGCGGUGAUGGUGACUGGGCAGCGGCGUGGGGCCGGGUCCUGGGCCGGGAGGCUCGGCUGCCUCUUUCUUUCUCUGCCCCCGCCCCUCUCUCUCCUUCCUCCUCGCUAGCCCCGCCGGCGGCGGCCGAGGUCGGCGCUCUCGCCUCGCCUCCUCCCCCACCCGGGGACCCUCUCUUCUCUCCUCCCUCCCUCGCCCGCUCCUCCCGCCGCCUCCUCCUCCCUCCCGGAGCGGCUGGCUGCUGGGAGGCGUAACGGAAAGCCCCGGCGGGGGAAGGCUGGGAGCUCGGGGCCGGAGACGCGGAACCCGGGCCGGGCCUCACUGGGGAUAAUUAAACCUCUGACCUUAGCCCUGAAUGACCAGUCGCUCACUGUUAUUUUACAGACCUGGUUGGAUCUAUUUAUGUUAUUUUGAACUAGGAUCAUUGAGAGGAGUAUGUGUAGAAUGGCUGUGAACAUAUUUAGGAGAGAAGAGGCCACCAUUGCAAACCUGGAAGAGGGAUCUCACCAGAAACCAAAUCUGACUGUGCCUUGACCUUGAACUUCCAGCCUCUAGAACGACAAGAAAUAAAUGUCGUUUAAAUCAUCCAGUCUCUGGAAUUUUGUUAUAGCAGCUCAGACUGACUGUUACACAGAGACCAAAUUUUCUGGAAUUAAAAAUAAUGGAUUGGAUAGUCUGGGAGCUGCAAGCUGUACCAGUAAACUGGGAAGCAGACUCUUGAAUUCACAGCUGGCUUGUGGUUUUUCCAUCUCGUUCAAGUGCAUUCACACAGGUGACAUUUUUCUGAAGUUGUUCAUUGAGGCUUACCAGCAUUCAUACAGAUAUAAUUGGUGAGGCCGCGCGCGGAGCUGACAUGGCAGCAUGACGGCCCGGGUCCGCGCUGCCAGAGGCCGGCCAGAAGGAGCCCCAGGCUGUGGGAGUGAGCGCCCCGAGCAGCGACUUCCCUCUGCGGCCGCCUGAGCCUCCGUUGCUUGUCGUUCACCACUUGGACUCCCGCCUUCACCGCCUGGAACAUCAAUAUGUGUCAUGUUAUUGUCACCUGUCGCUCGAUGCUCUGGACCCUCCUGAGUAUUGUGGUGGCUUUUGCAGAGCUCAUCGCCUUCAUGAGCGCCGACUGGCUGAUUGGAAAAGCCAAGAGUCGCGGCGGCGGCGGCGCCGAGCCCGACGACCGGAGCGGAGGCUCCUCGGAGCCCUACCACCCGACCCUGGGCAUCUAUGCCCGCUGCAUCCGCAACCCGGGCGUGCAGCACGUGCAGCGGGAGACGCUGUGCGGGCCCUACGCGGAGAACUUCGGCGAGAUCGCCAGUGGCUUCUGGCAGGCCACGGCUAUUUUCUUGGCCGUGGGCAUCUUCAUUCUCUGCACGGUGGCCUUGGUGUCCGUCUUCACCAUGUGUGUGCAGAGCAUCAUGAAGAAAAGUAUCUUCAACGUCUGCGGGCUGCUGCAAGGAAUCGCAGGACUGUUCCUUAUCCUGGGUUUGAUACUCUACCCUGCUGGCUGGGGCUGCCAGAAGGCCAUAGGCUACUGUGGACACUAUGCGUCGGCCUACAAACCCGGAGACUGCUCCUUGGGCUGGGCCUUUUACACCGCCAUCGGAGGCACAGUCCUCACCUUCAUCUGUGCCGUCUUCUCCGCACAAGCAGAAAUUGCAACCUCCAGUGACAAAGUACAGGAAGAAAUCGAAGAGGGAAAAAGCCUUAUAUGCCUCCUUUAGUUUGGAAGGGACCUAAGUGCCACUUUUUUCCUGUCUAACCUUGUGAAACAGUACCCUUCUGGUUUCAUCCUCUGAGUCAAGUGAAGAACUAGCCUUCAUCUACCAAAGCCUACAUUCCACAGCCCUGAGCCUUAACAGGACCAGUGAGAGGCAACAUCCAGCUAAGUGACGGCACGCGAGGACCACAGUGCAAACUGCAAGAGAUGGAAUAUGAAAAUACUGCACAAAGUCUGACACGAAGUUGACAAGUCUGCCGGACUCCAUCUCCCUCCAGGCUCAACAAAGGAUAAUGAUCUAAACCAUUAAGGCUGCAGUUCUUCUGGUAACAGAGGAGAUUUCGAGCUAGAUUUUCAGGCUAUUUUGAGAUGUGUUUCUGGCCACAAGGCUGCAUGCUGUGAGCAUCUCUGCCUCAGAAUGAGGUUUGGGGGUUGGUGUUUUUGUCUCCUCCUAGUUCUUCUAUGUUUUCUCAGACUGAAAUGAAGACUACAUACUUACUGGGGACAGGAUGUGUGCUCAAGGGCCUAACAAGACACUGCCUCUUAAAUCAGCUGACUGAGGGGUGAGCGGUCAGUGUGGAAUUCUGUUUUGGAACUUACUCUAGGCCGAACUCCAGGGUAAGGUAGAUCUGUAAUUCCAAGAUUUUAGAAAUUUGAGUAAGGAAAAGAGUAAGAACCUGUAUGAUCAUGAGAAUAAAAGAAGAGAAUCCUGCAAGUGAAGACAAAUUCAUUCCACUUCCCAGCAGUCAGACUAGCACCAGUUCUGGCCCAGUCUCCCCUUCCAAUGGAGAUCACGUGUUUUUCUCUUAGGGUUAGGACUGAGCUUUGACUGCCAAAGGAAACCUCACCCCUGUUUCCUCAUUCCAGGAACAGAGAUCUCCAAGUCAGCGGUGGCUCAUUCAGAUGUUCAGUGGGAGAACUUGCCAGAAUCUCAGCACUUGUGGGGAGACCUUUUCCCACUCUUUGGUAACCAUGUGGUAGUCAGCUGUAUUUCCAACCCAAGCAGCAAGUGAAUGACAUUCUUGGGAGGAAAAAAGGAGCUAGUCAUGGGAGUUAAGUUUCUCCAGUUACUGGUAACAUUAAAAAUACUGCAAUGGAUGAUUUUCAUCAAAGGCUUCAUACCCAGAAAAGCACAGAGUAGAAAGUUAAUGCAAAAAUGAGAGCUAAACCAAGCCUAAAGCACCUGCCUGUAACUGUUUACAAAAAUAAUGGAACACCACUAUUAAAAAGGAUUCAGGAGAUUUUAAUCUAUAAAUUGCUAAUAAAAUUAAUUCAGAAAAAUGGUAUUAGCCAUCACUUCACAGUGACGAGAAGCCAGUUGGCUAUUGCCCCAAGCUUCAGAACUGCAUGAUAUAGAAAUUUAAGCAAGUAGAGUUGGAGCUGUGAGAUUUCUGGAAGAAUUAAAAGGACAGGUCUGCUUGGGCAUAUGAAUCUGCUCACAUGAGAACUUGCUUUGUUUUGGAAGCAUAACAUAUAAUUUACUCUGCAUCUGCUCUGUGUAAGGUACUUUAUUUUAUUUGCCACCAGGCAUAGAACCCUGAUUCAGAUUUGACGACCUUGCCCCAAGUGAAUCAUCUUUGGGCUGAUUCUAAAACCAUGCCUUGGUGCAAAACAAAUAAUUGCUUUAUAUGUACAUGGAAUAGAGCAACUGAAGUUUUAUUCCCUUCUGGCCUCUGGUCUAUACCACAAACCAUCCUAUCACACAGAUUAAAAGCUAAGAGCAGGAGGAGUGGUGGUGUAGAACCUGGCCUUAAUGAGUUCACCAUUCUUAGACCAAAGUUCAAAAUAAGCAAGAUGUAAGCCCUAGGACAACUUCUGAAAAGAGAAGUGGUAAAUAGAGGGUUAAUGUUUCCUGAGCCUGUACCAAGUACUGCUCUGAGAAGAUCUAACACCGCACAGAAAUAAGUUACAGCAGCCAAUGGACAGGGCUCCUGUCCCUGACUAUGCAUUUAAAUGCUCUAACCAAGCCCCAAUGCCCAUAGUAACUACUUUUUAAACCUAGGUAGUAAUUUUCAUUAAAAAAAAAAAAAAAGGAAUUCCUUUUAUCAGAAGCUUCACUCUAUUUUUUAGAACCCAUUUCCGAAUUCCCUAACACUAGUUCUAUACUCAACUUUCCUUCUUACAAAUUAAAGUCCUAAGCCCUGAUGCUCCUCUGAGCAUGUCCAUCAUCUUUACUAUCUGACUGCUCUUCCACUACAUGUAUCUCUAGAACACCCUGAUAACAGUAGUCACAAGUGGAAACGUGACUUCUCUUGGCCAAUGUUCUACUCCAUCAGUCUGAAUGCUAACAGAAGACAAAGCACAUGCACACACACGUAACCCCAAACCACUAAAAACUACUUAAACACUGACUUAAUAAUCAGAGCAGAGACAGAGUAAGAAGUAAUGUUGGGCCUUUUAAACCUUCAGUCCAUUAGCUAGGCUUUGGGGAAAAUGGAACAUUAAACAUGCUAGUCUACAGCCAAACUGUACAGCUGUUUAAAAACCACUGAAUAUGAGGAAUGUGUUAGAAAUAUGUCAAACAAUUGGACUGACUGUUGACCCACAAUUUUGUAAUUAAUAUCAAUCACCUAAUCACCUCAAUCUAAAAGUCUAAUACACCUGGACCAUUACUACUAUCAGAAAAGUCUUAUUUAUUUGUGCCUGCAUCUACGCUUAAAGUUUUGUGAUGGGCUGGGCUUCUCAAUGAACUCCAAGAAGGCAGAAAUAUCUGCCUUGGAUUCUGUGGAUUUUUUUAAACCUGUGUGCUUAAUUCAACAAUGUUACAUUAAUUGUGUAGGGAUUUUUGUAUAGUUUUCAAACCUCUGUGGUGUAACGAUCUUUGUUAAACAUGUAAAGUGCCAUAGUCUUUUUUUAUGUGUAGCAUAUUUAAAAUAUAUAUAUAUUAUACAUACACAAAUCUGUGUGAAAGAUGUGCAAUAACGAAGGUUAUGUUUGGUUUGUUUUUUUUGUUUAUUUUGUUUUUGGAAACUGGACAGGAGUCAGAACAGGGAUUGUUACUGUUUUGGCAAAGGAGAGGUAACAUUUUUUUUUUUGCUUUCAUGGCCUAGUCAUUAACCCCUAACAAUUUAAAUGCUACACAAACUGAUGUGAAGACAAGACUGGUAUGGAAUCAUUUAUUCCUGGGUCUAAAUUAAAAUAAUCACUAGAUUUACAUGAAAAUUAAGCCAGCACCAGGCCCAGUGAAUGCUAGUCUUUCAUGUGAAAUGUGAAGCUGCCACGUUGCCUUUUCGGUUAGUGUGAUAACUAGGAGCUGGUACAUCAUCACUAAGGAGCUACUUAACAUGCUUUGGUAGACCGCAUUAAUUCUAGACCACUAUUUAAGGUCUGAUCUCACACCUUUGUAGCCAUAAGAGUCUGGCUUAGAACAGACCUCUCUGUGCAAUAACACGUGGCCACUAGAAGUCCCUGGCCUGUGUUUGUAUCGGGGCAGCAAUGACCUCCCAAAGGCCAGAGUUAAUUAGAGGCACGAAUGGGAUUUCCUCUGAGACUGCGGUGAAACGCCUUCCAAGGCUGGGAGUUCAUGAGGUGCUUCGGAGGAACUCAGCAUCACUUGAUAUUCAGUAGCCACUUGAGCCAAACAGAAAAUUGUAUUUACCGCUGAUGGACUCAACUUGAGCCUUCAAAUUUGUGGUUAUCCUAUUGUAUUGUAAACUAAUACAUUGUCUGUCUAGCAUUGAUUAGGUUCUUGUGCAUAUGUGCCCUCCCCUCCCCCAGAUCUUAAUUAAACCAGAUUUUGGAAACUCAU